GUUCGUAAAGAAGUCCAAAAACCCAAAACUAUCAAAAUGUUCAAAUUGUUCGCUGUCUGCUUCUUGGCUGUCUUCGCUGGUGCCUUCGGCGCUGCUAACCCCGGUCUCUUGGCUGCUCCAUUGGCUUACUCCGCUCCUUUAGCCGCUGCCCCAGUUGCUGCUGCCUAUGCCGCUCCAGUCGCCGCUGCUUACUCCGCGCCCCUCGCCUAUACCGCAGGAUAUGCUGGUUACGUCGCACCAUACGCCAGCAGCUACUCAGCUCACUCGAUCGCCCACUCCGCCGCUUUCCCAGCUGCCUAUGCCGCCGCUCCAGUAGUCGCUGCUCCAGCACCAGUGCUUGCUGCUGCCCCAGCAGUUGCUGUAUUGAAGAAAUAG